AUGGGUCAGGCUCCGUCUUCUCCGACGGAACCGAGUGGACGAGAUACUUAUUUCCGGCUAUUGUCACCGGAGUUUGUCGAUUGCGAAUCGUUUGGUUUCGGAAAUGUCGUUGUUGUUGCAGGUGGAGAUUAUGAUCUUACUGGAGAUUUACCGGGCGAUUGCAUCGCUCAUAUCUUUCAAUUUCUCAACGCCGGAGAUCGGAAACGAUGUUCACUCGUAUGCAAACGGUGGUUGUUCAUCGACGGUCAGAAUCGUUACCGUUUAUCACUUGACGCUAGGGCGGAGAUUCUCCCAUUUUUGUCUAAUAUGUUCAACAGAUUCGAUUCCGUGACGAAGCUCACUCUUCGAUGUGAUCGGAAGUCUUUAAGCUUGAGCGAUGAAGCGUUGGUCAUGGUCUCGGUUCGUUGCUCGAAUCUGACUCGAGUCAAGCUUCGUGGUUGUCGUGAGGUUACGGAUCUAGGGAUGGAAUCGUUCGCUCGAAACUGUAAGAAGUUGAGGAAGCUCUCGUGUUGCUCAUGCAAUUUCGGUACUAAAGGCUUAAACGCGAUACUCGAGCAUUGCAAGUUUCUAGAGGAGUUAUCUGUGAAGCGGAUUAGAGGAAUUCACGAAUCAGCCGAGCCAAUCCAGCUUCGUUCGUCUUCUUCACUCAGGUCGAUUUGCUUGAAAGAGCUUGUUAACGGUCAGGUAUUCGAAUCUUUGGUUGCAUCAAGAACUUUGAAAAAACUGAAAAUUAUUCAUUGUUUGGGUAAUUGGGAUAAUGUUCUUCAAAUGAAUGGAGUUGGAAGUAGUUCCUUGACUGAAAUUCACUUAGAGAGGCUUCAAGUGAGCGAUGUUGGACUCUAUGCCAUAUCCAAAUAUCCAAAUGUAGAGACUUUGCAUAUACUGAAAACACCGGAAUGCUCGAAUUUAGGUCUGGUUAGAGUAGCAGAGAGAUGUAAGCUACUGAGAAAGCUUCACAUUGAUGGUUGGCGGUUUAAGAGAAUCGGUGAUGAAGGUCUGAUGGCUGUUGCUAAACACUGCCUGAAUCUGCAAGAGCUUGUACUUAUCAGUGUUAAUGCGACCCAUAAGAGCUUGUCCGCCAUUGCUUUAAACUGUGGGAAACUCGAACGGUUAGCUCUAUGUGGGAGUGGUACAAUUGGGGAUACAGAGAUUGCUUGCAUUGCGGAGAAAUGUGUGGCGUUGAGGAAAUUCUGUAUCAAGGGAUGUCCGAUUUCGGAUGUCGGGAUCAAGGCUCUCGCAUUAGGCUGCCCGAAGCUGGUGAAACUGAAGGUGAAGAAAUGUGAAGAGGUUACAGGUGAAGUUAGGGAGUGGCUGCGUGAACAGAGGAAGACAUUGGUGGUGAGUUUGGAUGAUGAUGAAACCAAAGGGGCGGUCAUGGUAAAUGAGGACGAUCGAAGAGGUCUUGAGACGGUGGUUGAGGAUCCGGCACCAGUGGCUGGUGUUGGUGCGGAGGUUGUAGGUGUUGGUAGGUUAGCUAUGUUUAAGACAAAGUUAGGGUUACUUGCAGGAAAGAACUUGGUGGCUUCCACAUUCAGGAGAUGGUCUCAAAGUGAAGCUACAAGUUCUACAUGA